AUGGUACCUGGCUUAUCUCACUUGUCCAUCCUAGAGUGUGAGUUAUGUCAGCUCGUUCCUUCUUUUGGAGAUUCAGUCCAUAUCUCACAUUCAUCUUCCUCCAUAGCUCCACCACCUAUAGUUCCAGUUGCAGCUCCGCCACCUAUAGCUCCAGUGCCACCACUGAGUCCAGUUCUACCAACUAUAGCUCAAGUGCCACCACCUAGUCCAGUUCAACCUUCUACAGUUCCACCAUCCCUGACUUAUCAUCGUCGUCCGCACCCAGCAUCAGGCACAGCUGAUUCAUGUCCUGCACCUGACCCUGCUAAUACUGCGUACUUGUCUCCUCUUAAUCAACCGAUUGCACUACGAAAAG